AUGUCCGUUUCCAAGACAUCCGAGUAUCUGUUGAGGCAACACCCGCUGCAGCGACUUCCAAGUCCUGAUCGAGGGACGUCUGCAUUGGUUCAUUUGCUUGGAUUAGCCAGUUUCCUCUCCUCUUUCAAAUUUCUCAUCGAGAACCCGAACAAUGCCUCUGAGGGAUUUGGCUGGCACUUUGUUUUCUUGACUAUCAUUGGUCUUGCAUUGUCAACAUGCACGUUUACCGUCGGUCUGUUAGCAGACGUUACUCUCUCGCGCCGACUCUUCUUGUUGAAGAAUAUCCUGUCGGUAUGCAGUGCGCCUUUGGAGGUCCUGAUCAGCGUUUUAUACUGGGGCCUCAGGUCGAUUGAUCCUAAUCUGGUGGUUCCGCCUGAUGAACUGCACAUCCCAUUCCACGUAGACCUAGGCUUCCACCUCGUUCCCAGCGUAGUGAUGCUCGUCGACAUCCUGUUCCUCUCGCCCCCCUGGACCAUCACAGCCCUCCCCUCGAUGGCUCUAUCCAGUUGCAUCGCCUUCGGAUAUUGGUUUUGGAUUGAAAAAUGCUACUCUGUUAAUGGAUGCAAGAUGCAUGCCUCGGUCGCCAGCGCUUCUAUUCGCAGUGUCAUGCUGUCGGGAGGCUCUCGCUUUUCCUGCUGCCUCACCCCGUUCCAUUUAACCGGAUCCUCGACCGCGGCGGCGCCUCAACAGGUCAUCAAGCGAGGCGUUAGCCAAUUCUCGACGAAAUGCUCCGCAUCGACUCAGUCGCCUUCAAUAACCAGCUUUGCGCGAGCGAACCGAGUCACAUCCCACAAGGAGACAAAAACCACAAGUUCACAAUUCAUCAUCACAUCUCUUAGACGGAGCUUUAGCAGUUCUGCUGGUCUUUGCGCGACACCACCACCGUCGUCGAAAACCGGCAAUGCGGCUUUACUUGACUGGAAUACAUUCUUCAAAUUGCGUGCCUCCCGCCGACGCUACUCGCUCAUUUCCUCGGUUCUAGCGUCCCUCGCUAGCACAGCUGUUGGCGUGCAGGUGCUCUCCGCUCAGGAUCUCGACACACUCGGCGCACAAGUCAUGGGACUAGAUCCUUUCAUUGUUUUGGGUCUUGCCACAGCUGCUUGUGGUGCAUUGGGAUGGCUAAUUGGCCCGAUUCUGGGAAACACGGUUUGGGGUCUGGUGCAUAGACAGUAUCGAGGUGGUAUCGCUAUUAAAGAGAAAGAAUUCUUCAACCGUAUCAAGCGCUUCCGUGUUGAUCCAUCUGCUAACUCGAUUGCGAACCCGGUUCCCGAUUACUAUGGCGAGAAGAUUGGGAGCGUGCAGGGUUACCGUCAGUGGUUGAAGGAUCAGCGGGCUUACAACAGGAAGAAGUCGAGACACAUUAUUUAA